CCCGCUAAGUAGAAGGUACUAUCCAGUCUCGGGUCAAAGUUCAUAAGAGCUGCAGUGCGCGUUUCGCUCGUGCCGGGUUUUUAACUUCUUAAUUUUGGAAUAGGUGGUCCUUUCAUUUUAUUUCCUUCAGAAAGAUGGCCUCAGAUUCAGGCUACGGUCAGCCUGGCGCUCAACAAAGCUACGGAUCUUAUGGUGCAUCCCAAGGCUUUCAAAGUGGACAGCAGGGAUAUGGUCAGGGGAAUGGAAGUGGCUCUUAUAGUGGACAGAGCUUCGGUGGUUAUGGACAGUCUGGUGGUGGAGAGAGUUAUGGCCAGUCGUCUCAGGGAUACUCCUCUGCUGGCUAUGGUCAACAGCCGCCGCAGCCGGGCUUGGACAGCUAUGGACAACAGGCUACUGAAUCCUCGUCUGGUUAUGGUGAUAAGUCAUAUGGGCAGCAGCGAUCUUACGGGCAGCAGGCUGGGGCAGGUGCUGGUGGAGGAGCGUACACGCAGUCCAGUGGCUCCUAUGGGGGGUCUCAAGGUGGCUAUGUGCGACGUAAUGAUGGUGAAACCCGCAGGUAUGGCGAUGAUGGUGGCUCAGACAGGUCUGAGGGUUACCGGGGCAGAGGACGUGGGAGUUUUGAUCGGGGUGGUUAUGACCGCGGAGGCUAUGACAGAGGUGGCCGAGGAGGCCCACCCUCCGGUAUGGGUGGUGGUGACCGUGGUGGCUACAAAAAUUACGGUGGACCCAGAGACUAUGGUCAAAAGGAUGAUGGAGAUGGCGAUCAGGAUAACUCGGACAAUAAUACCAUCUUUGUCCAAGGUCUUGGGGAAGAUGUCACCACUCAGGAAGUGGGUGACUACUUCAAACAAAUCGGAAUCAUAAAGGUCAAUAAGAAGACUGGCCUACCUAUGAUUAAUUUGUAUACUGAUAAGGCCACUGGACGAUUGAAGGGUGAAGCCACAGUCUCCUUUGAUGAUCCACCCUCAGCCAAAGCUGCCAUUGAUUGGUUUGAUGGAAAAGAGUUUAAUGGAAGACCCAUCAAGGUGUCAUUUGCUACCAGAAGGGCGGAGUUCACCCAGAGAGGUGGUGGAGGAGGAGGAGGAGGUGGUGGCCGAGGGCGCAGCGGUGGUUUUCGAGGCAGAGGUGGCUUUGGUGGGGGUCCCUCGUUUGAUGUCAGGGGAGGAGACUGGCCUUGUCCUAACAGCUCUUGUGGAAACAUGAACUUUGCCAGAAGAUAUGAAUGCAACAAGUGUGGAACGCCAAAACCAGAAGGUGGUGAUAGUUAUGGAGGAGACCGUGGUGGUCGAGGCGGGUACGGAGGUGACCGUGGUGACCGCGGUGGCUUCAGAGGUGGAAGAGGCGGCGGCGGUUUCCGGGGUGGAGACCGUGGAGGCUACGGUGGUGGAGGUGGUGGAUACAAAAUGGGUGGAAGGGGAGACCACAGAGAGGAGAGACGAGGCCGGCCAUACUGAAGACUUUGUGGAUGCCAUUCCAGACCGCUGUUUAUUGUGGGGUGGGGGUUGAGAGGGUUUGGGGAGAGGUUUGUGUCUGCAUACCUUUCUGUUGCAUGAGCGUCCUGCAUAUACUGUUUGAAAUGAGCAGUUUUUCCCAUAAAUGUUAAAUCUACUGUGAGGGGCUGAGGGAGGCUGAGUGAAGGGAAGGGGAUGAAUUUGAUCUCUGAGCCGCCAAUUUGUAAACCUUCAGUCCUCUAUGGAAAUGGCAAAACUGGCCACAGAUCAGCUUUAAAGGAUAAUUUUGCUCUAGGUGAAGGGGGUGGGGCCAAAUGUUAUUUUUGUUACCUUUUUAAUUUCCUGAAUUGUUGAAUCCGGCAUUUAGAGUGUGAUAGAUUUGUGAAAUGCUUAUUGUUUUGUAAAAAUCAAUCAACACAAACUGUUUUACUUGUUUCGUUUUUUUUUUUUUUUUUCUUUUUGCAAAAAACUAUUAAACACCCUUUUGAUCUUAA